AUGUCAUUCGCCGGCGUAUCCUUGAUCCGCGACGGCAGACUAUGCCCUUCCGCGCCGGCCAUCAACGACGCCGGCGCCGCGGGCGGGUACCACCUGCUCGUGGUGGAAGGCUACUCGCGCACAAAGGCCGACGCCCCCCACGGCCAUCACGUCGAGUCUGGCCCCUUCAGAGUCGGAGGGUAUCUCUGGUUCCUCAAGUACUACCCCAACGGCUCGUCGUCGGCCAGGCCCGGCAGUACGUCUGCCUCCCUCAUCCUCGCCCAGGAUGUUGAGAAGCCUGUCAAGGCGCAGUUCGUGAUGAGCUUCAUUGGCCAGUCCGACAAGCAGGAGUCAACAUACAUUGGCUUGACUGAAGUAUGCGAGUUCCCUUGCAAAUCUGCCGGUAUGUCCUACCUGAAUUUCAUGAGCAGGGACGAGUUCGAAUACUCGGAACAUCUCAAGGACGAUGGUUUCACCCUCCGAUGCGAUGUGCUUGUCCUCGACGCCAAGGUUACUGGCGCCGCCUCACCGUUCGUUACGGUGCCACCGCCCGACAUGCAGAGGCACUUCACCGAUCUCCUCAAGGACGAGGAAGGCGCCGACGUGACGUUCGAGGUUGGUGGCGAGACGAUUGCCGCACACCGGUGUGUCUUGGCGGCUCGGUCUAGGGUCUUCAAGGCCGAGCUCUUUGGCCCCAUGAAGGAGAGCACGGCAGCUGGCCACACCAUACAUGUGGAGGACAUGGAGCCUCAAGUUUUCAGGGCGAUGCUUGAGUUCAUCUACAAUGACUCUGAGCCGGAGAUAGAUCACAAGGACGACGAUGAGGACGCGAUGUGGCAGUGGCAGCACCUGCUCGCCGCGGCGGAUAGGUACGAUAUGCAGCGGCUGAAGCUCAUUUGUGAAGAUAAGCUGUGCGGGUUCAUCGAGGUGAACAGCACGGCCGCCAUCCUGUCACUAGCUGAGCAACACUGCUGUGACGGGCUGAAGAAGGCGUGCUACGCUUUCCUGGGCACGCUGGGAAACCUGAGGGCUGUCGCCGCCACGGAUGGCUUCGACGAUCUCAUCAGGAACCACCCCUCCGUUAUGAAGGAGCUGAUUGCCAUGCUUGCGCCUUUUUGAGUGUCAUCUAUCCAUCCGAAUUGAGAGGAAUGGAAAAGUAACGUCUAGAUUUCGGAAUCAUUUGGUCUCUAUCAGUUAAUAAUGGGUUUCCGGAUUUUUA